UCAAGCGAUCACGAUGAAGAAAUAAAGCGUGAAAAUGACGAUAGUCUAGAUCUUUUAGAGCAAAGCGUAGAAGUAUCGUCAAAUGACCACGAUGUGGCGACAACACACAAAGGCAACGAUAAUCCCUUCAUAGAAACGACAGGGGUGAAUUCAGUAAAAUAUAAGUUCGCCUUGUCGUGGAGCCACGCAAUAGAUAAUAUGUUAAUAAAAAAUGGAUCUAAAAAUGAUUGGUUAACACGGGACAGGCACAACAUUUCUGUCGAUUUUCGUAACUUUCAAUUAACUUCGAUUGAAAAACUGAAAGCCAACCCGAAUUUAUCAUAUGUGAAAGAAGUUGAUAUGAUAUUGUGUCUAUCGUCAUUUAUGUAUUGUAAUGAAUUUAAGCCAGAAUAUGUAAAAUGUUCUAAAAAAGCAUGGAAGGAAGCUCUCCCAAGAUCUUUAGCACCGAAGAUGUUGCCAACAAUGGCUCACUCAGUAAUAAUCGAAUACAAUACACUUUUGAAUGACAAACAAUCACUUAAAUCAAAAUGGCGUGAAAAUUGGGCAAAAGGAAAUGAAUUUCCGACAGAGGAAGACAAAGAUAUCUUCUGCAGAUAUUUUACCUAUUUAUCCUCAGUAAGUUAUAAUGAGGAUAAAAAAUUGGACGAAGAUACAUUCGUUCAUCGAUACUGUCAUCAAGUUCUCGAAGAAAUAUUCAGUAAAACUGAAUACUCGUUGAUUUGGGCCAAUGGUGAAUCUGAAAGUUCUAAAGCAAGACGUUUAUUGGAUGGUCACAACCAUGGUAGAAAACCAGACUUCCGUAUCCUCUCAACGAUUGAUGAACUUGUCUUUGGCGAAAUAAAGCCACCGCAUUGCACCGAUACUGCAAACAGAAGCAUAAUAAAAUUGGCUGAAUUCAUGAAAGGGUCUUUGGAUCUUAUGAUUAAUAUUUAUGGCAAUGUGUUUGGUCUGGAAACGUAUGGGAACGAAAUUAAAAUUUUUAGUAUGGAUUUAGCGUACGACGGUCUAUACCGGUGUUAUCAAUUAUCAAAAUUAUUGCUCCCAACAGAAAAUGCGAAUUUUUUAAACAUCAUCACUGUAGUAUCUACUCUAUAUUCAUUAUUGGAAAGAGUAAAUUCUACUAUUAUUACUCUAAGUUCAUAUCAGCUAUUAACUCAACCAUUUUCCCAUAAUUUCUGUCGAAAGUCAAACUCUUCACCUAAAAAAGUACGUGUACCGGUAGUUAGAGUUUAG